UGGAAAACGGUCACUCUGCGCUGCUGUCAGAAAGUCGACCGAACGACGAAAACUUUAUUAUUUACGAAAAUUGCAAUUAUAUUUGCAUUCUGAAGCGAUGUCUGCGCUCUUUCGUCUAACCAGCCGUGCCGUGGCGCUCCAGCGCUCUCUGGUGGCCAACCAGGCAGCCACACUACGAGCAUGCCGCAGCAUAAAGACGUCGCCAAAGAAGGACGAGACAAUCGCAGCCCCUGCCAGCGUUACAACAGAAGACUUUGCCAACCCCAGCCCCAAGAACUGGAUGAGCUACGGCUUCGACUACAAGGACCAGGCCGAGGAUCGCAAGGCGACGAAAGCCACCUUCUUUGUUACCGUCACCCUGUGCCUGGUGUGGGGAACCUUCUACUGGUCCUAUCUGCCCGACACUCAGAUCCGCAACUGGGCCCAGCGCGAGGGCUUCUUGGAGCUGCGCCGUCGCGAGCAGGCUGGCGUGGAUCUGGUGAGCCCCGACUACGUGGACCCCGCAAGCAUUUCGCUGCCAUCGGACGAGGAUCUCGCCAACACGGAAAUUAUCAUCUAAACAAUUAGUGCACUAUCCCCUUAGUUUGUUAUGUAAUGAAUGCAGCUGGUGGCCACUGCCGAGCCGCGCUUUCUGCUCCUUAAUAAAAAUGCACCUUCCGGCGCGAACGAAGCUACCCAUGA